AUGCAGGACCCUCUAAACAUGUCCCUCGACGACCUCAUCAAGACCAGCAAGAAAUCCGGAUCGGGCAACGCUCGAGGCCGUGGCCGGGCCUCGGGACCCGGACCCGCCCGCCGGUUGCCCAAUCGCGCCGCCAAUCGUACGACGCCGUAUGCGGCGGCCAAGGCGCCGGAGACCGCGUGGCAACACGACCUGUAUGCGGAUCAGGGGGCGGCGGCGUUCCCGGCUCAAGCUGGAAGAGCCUCGGCCAUUGAAACUGGAACCAAGCUCUACAUCUCCAAUCUCGAUUAUGGCGUUUCCAACGAGGACAUUAAGGAACUGUUUUCAGAGGUUGGUGACCUGAAGCGAUAUGGAGUACAUUAUGACCGAAGUGGGAGAUCGAAGGGAACGGCAGAAGUAGUCUUCUCACGACGACCAGAUGCUGUUGCCGCGGUUAAAAGAUACAACAAUGUUCAGCUUGAUGGGAAACCAAUGAAGAUAGAGAUUGUAGGAACGAACAUUUCGACACCUGGCGGACCUCCUACUUUGCCCCCUGCUGCUAAUGGCAACUUUGGAAAUUCGAAUGGAGUUCCUAGGGGUGGACAGAGUAGGGGUGGUGCAUUUGGACGUAUACGUGGCGGGGGUGGCCGUGGUCCUAGAAGGGGGGGCCGUGGACGUGGAAGUGGUAAUGGAGGUGGAAGAGGCCGUGGUGGUGAAAAGGUAUCUGCUGAAGAUCUUGAUGCCGAGCUGGAGAAGUACCAUGCAGAAGCAAUGCAAGAGUAA